AUGGUCUCGUUCUCAUGCGAAGCGUGUGGUGACAUUCUCACCAAGAAGAAGCUCGAUCCUCACCGUAACCAAUGUCGCGGCGCAUCCUUUACUUGCAUUGAUUGUAUGGUGCACUUCCAAGGCACUCAAUAUAGAUCGCACACGUCAUGUAUGACCGAGGCGCAAAAAUACCAGGGCGCCCUUUAUAAAGAAAAACCAAGCAAGAAUCAGCGCAAGGGGAACCAGAAGCAGAACCAGAAUCUGAACGCCAACAGUCACAGAGCUCCCUACGUUGAGGAUGUGCCUGAUGUCGAUAAUCCCAAAGCGAAAGCCAACGCCCCUCCCCCUGCUCCUACUCCUCCACCUGUCGGCGCUGUGAAGCCAUCCAGUAAUGCGACGAAGGUAAACAACGACAAACAGGUCAAUGUCUUUGACUUCCUGGUUACUGAGAAUACUCCAAAUGCGUCUAAAGUCUCUAUUGCUGCGCCCAAGGAACAGAUGCAGAUGGUGGAGCAUGCGCCUUCCGUGUUUGAACCCAGCAAGGCGCUAGCUCACCUGGACACCGAGAUUGAAGAUGAGAACAAGUCCUACGAUGUGGCGUACGAGGAGAAUGGAUUUUCGUAUGGCACCGGACCGAUUCCUCCAUCCGUUUACCCGAACAAAGCACCCAAUGUUUCCAUGGAGUUCAUGACACCGGCUCCCAAGAAGAAGAAGGAUCGGUCGCGAGCUGCGAAUGGACAGGGCAGCGCCACCACCAGUGACAAAAAGCGGAAGCGACGCACUGAGGAUCACGAUAUGGAGGAUGUGGAUACCCCCAUGAUGGAUGCUCCAUCGAGUGUUGUCAAUAACCCGCCUACACCGAUGUUGAACCACUCUGGACUCACUGGUGGCCUGAAUCGGAUGCUUCGGUCUCCAUCCCUGGAUGAGGACUAUGACCACACUCAACGGCGGUAUCAAGAUCCCUCAUCUCCGAUUAAGCGAACGCGUCGGGAUGAGAAGGAUGAGACCGGCCUUGGAAUCUCCAUCAAGAAUCGCGCGGAACGCCUUGUUUCGUCCAUGUUUGGCGGUUCUUCUGUUUCCGCAGGUAGUGGAAGUGGCCACGAGCCCUCCGCGAAGGCACUGGUUCGCACACAUCGGCGUAGCUCCUCGGAUGACGGAAAUAACAACCAGCUGGAUAUCCGUCGUUCCAAGAAGACACAUCGUGUCCGAGACCCUUCGACUGGCCAGGUCAUUUCGUCUGACCCUCGCAAGACCAAGCGCAAAAGCAGUGCCCAAACUAACCCGGAUCGGCCAUCGCGACGCCUCAAACAGAUCGAUUACCCCAACCCCUCUCAGCCGCAGUCCCCUCGCGGCCACGAUGGACAAGUGGUAGUUUACCAGCAGCCAAACGUCCCCGACGAGUUGCAGCGAGAGAUGGCUGCCCAUUUCUUGUCACUGGUGACUAAGGGGCCAGAGAGCGGACGAGGAUUCUCGGUGAACAAGGUGCUGAAGCGGUUCCAUCGCGACUUUACGGAUGAGUUUGACGGAGAUCGGGGUCGCGAUCAAGGGCGGAGCCGUGCGGAUCGCGAACGGAGAGGGGACGAUGAGAAGGAUCUCUGGCGGACAUUGCGACUGAAGCAGAACGAUCGGGGAGAGGUGGUGGUCUUCUUUUAG